AUGGCAACGGAAGAGAGAGUAAAAUUGCUCGUAGCAGCGAGGAAAGGAAUUUACGAAGAUGUCGUUUCCUUGUCUAAGUUGCAAAUUCCCCUUGGGGAUUACGUCCAGCCUCCGAAUAACAGAACAGCUUUCUGGUACAGUUGCCGGAAUGGUAACCUAAAGAUGGCGAGAAUAAUUUUGAAAAAAGGAAGUAACAUAAAUCAUAAGGAUGCUAACGGGAUAUCUCCCCUUCAUAUCAGCGUGAAAUAUGGGCACCUGAACAUUGCCAAGUUCCUCAUCGAAAAUAAUGCCAACGUAGACAUAACAGACAAUGAGGGACAGAGCCCCAUCUUUUACGCUAUUAUAAACAAGCACUACGAUAUUGUCAAGCUUUUGAUAGAAAACGGAGCCGAUGUUCAAAUGAAAGACCACAACAAUGCCAGUGUGUAUGACUACGCUGACUUUAGUGGAAAGACGAAACUCUCCUCCUACAUACUCUACAAGAGCAACGAGAUAAUAGUUAACGAUUCGAAAAGAGCUCUGAAUGGGGAUUCGCCACCCAACGACGACGACACGAAUGCUUCGUGA